AUGGAUGAUGCUCACCUUGAGGAGGACCUUGAGGAGGACCUCGAGGAUAAAGACACAGCAGCUCCAACCUCCCGCUAUCUCCCGGCAGAGUUCACCUGGGAGGUGAAGGCCAAUGACCGAGCCUACCACAAGCAGUUCAGGAAGAAGGGCUUCCUGUGCUGGAGGCAGAAGAAGUACAAGAGCAACGCCAUCCACACUGCCAAAUACAACGUCUUCUCCUUCCUGCCUCUGAACCUGUAUGAGCAGUUCCGUCGUGUGUCCAAUCUCUACUUCCUUUUCAUCAUCAUCCUGCAGAGCAUCCCGGAGAUCUCCACACUGCCCUGGUUCACGCUCUUUGCGCCACUGGUCUGCCUGCUCAUGAUCCGGGCCGCCCGUGACCUGGUGGAUGACAUUGGUCGACAUAGGAGCGAUAGAAUCAUCAACAACAGGCCUUGCCAGAUCCUGAAGGGGAAGAGUUUCCUGUGGAAGAAAUGGAAGAAUCUAUGUGUGGGGGAUGUGGUGUGUCUCAGCAAAGACAACAUUGUCCCGGCAGACUUGCUCCUGCUCGCCAGCACAGAGCCCAGUAGCCUGUGCUACCUGGAAACGGCAGACAUCGAUGGAGAGACCAACUUGAAGUUCAGGCAGGCUCUGAUGGUCACACACCAUGAACUUACUAGCCCGAAGAAAAUGGCUUCCUUCCAGGGCAUAGUGACAUGUGAGGAACCCAACAGCCGGAUGCAUCAUUUUGUGGGGAGCCUGGAAUGGAACAGCAGGAAGUACCCGUUGGACAUUGGAAACCUCCUCCUGCGGGGCUGUAAGAUCCGCAACACAGACACCUGCUAUGGCCUGGUCAUCUAUGCUGGUUUAGACACAAAGAUCAUGAAGAAUUGUGGCAAGAUUCAUCUGAAGAGGACCAAGCUGGACCUGAUGAUGAACAAGCUGGUGAUCUUGAUCUUCAUGUCACUGGUGAUUGCUUCCAUGUUUCUAACACUGGGCUUCGCCAUGAUGGUGAAAGAGUUUAAAGCCAAGCAUCACUACCUGUCAUCGAUGCAAGGGCGCACGGACGCAAUGGACUCCUUCUUCAUCUUCUGGGGCUUCCUCAUCUUGCUCAGCGUUAUGGUGCCCAUGGCCAUGUUUAUCAUCGCCGAAUUCAUCUACUUAGGCAACAGCAUUUUCAUCAACUGGGACCUCAGUAUGUACUACGAGCCCCUGGACAUACCAGCCAAGGCCCGCAGCACCAGUCUGAAUGACCACCUGGGCCAGGUGCAGUACAUCUUCUCAGACAAGACCGGGACGCUGACACAGAACAUCAUGACCUUCAAGAAGUGCUGUAUCAAUGGCUGUACCUAUGAUUCAGACGACGAGCACGGGACGCUCCGAAAGCGGAACCCAUAUGCCUGGAACCCAUUCGCUGACGGCAAACUCCAGUUCUACAAUAAAGAGCUGGAAUCCCUGGUGCGAGGCAAGCAGGACCGAGCAGUACAGGAGUUCUGGCGGCUGCUGGCCAUCUGCCACACCGUGAUGGUGCAGGAGAAAGACAACCAGCUGCUGUACCAGGCUGCCUCCCCUGAUGAGGAGGCACUGGUCGCCGCUGCCCGGAACUUUGGCUACGUGUUUCUGUCUCGGACCCAGGACACGAUCACCCUGGUGGAGCUGGGGGAGGAAAGGGUCUACCAGGUUCUGGCCAUGAUGGAUUUCAACAGCGUUCGCAAACGGAUGUCAGUGUUAGUCCGAAACCCAGAGGGCUCCAUCUGCCUCUAUACCAAGGGUGCCGACACCGUCAUCUUGGAGCGUCUUCACCAUAAGGGUGUCAUGGAGGCCACCACAGAGGAGGUCUUGGCUGCCUUUGCAGAGCAGACCCUGCGCACCCUGUGCCUGGCCUACAAGGAUGUGGCGGAGGAUGCCUACAAAGAAUGGGAACCGGAACACCAGGAGGCCGCCCUUCUGCUGCAGAACCGCGCGCAGGCCCUGCACCAGGUGUAUAAUAAGAUGGAGCAGAACCUGCAGCUGCUGGGAGUCACAGCCAUUGAAGACAAACUGCAAGAUGGCGUCCCUGAGACUAUCAGAUGCCUCAAGAAGGGGAACAUCAAAAUGUGGGUGCUGACCGGGGACAAGCCAGAGACCGCGGUGAACAUCGGCUUUGCGUGCCAGCUGCUGUCAGAAAACAUGUCAAUUCUGGAAGAUAAGGACAUCAAAGGUUUACUGGAGCACUAUUGGGACGAAAAUGAACGCCAGAGGGCAUUCCAGACGAUGACCCAUCACAACAUGGCCUUGGUUAUCAGUGGAGAAUUCUUGGAUCAGCUGCUCCUGUCCUUGCGCAAGGAGCCCCGAGCCCUGGUCCAGAAUGCAGUGGUGGAUGAGGCCACCCAGGAGCCGGGUGUGUCUGCGUUAGACUUCCUCCAGGCACGGAGGAUCUCCCAGAUGUGGAGAAACUUUGGGACCACCAUGGCAACAUCCCAGUCAGACGCCUCCAAGACUCGCGAGAGCCCCGAGGAGCGGAGGGAGAGGGCCUUUGUAGACCUGGCCUCCAAAUGCCAGGCUGUCAUCUGCUGCAGGGUGACGCCCAAGCAGAAGGCCCUUGUGGUGGCAUUGGUGAAGAAAUACCAGCAAGUGGUGACGCUGGCCAUCGGAGACGGAGCCAACGAUGUGAACAUGAUCAAGACUGCGGACAUUGGAGUAGGUCUGGCGGGCCAGGAGGGCAUGCAGGCGGUUCAGAACAGCGACUACGUGCUGGCCCAGUUCUGCUACCUGCAGCGCUUGCUGCUUGUGCACGGGCGCUGGUCCUACAUGCGAAUCUGCAAGUUUCUGCGCUACUUCUUCUACAAGACCGUGGCCAGCAUGAUGGCCCAGAUAUGGUUCUCCCUGUUCAACGGCUUCUCUGCUCAGCCCCUGUAUGAAGGCUGGUUCCUGGCUCUUUUUAACCUGCUGUAUUCCACGCUCCCAGUCCUGUACAUUGGUCUGUUUGAGCAGGACGUGACCGCAGAGAAGAGUCUAAAGAUGCCCGAACUGUACACGGCUGGCCAGAAAGACGAGCUCUUCAACUACAGUAUUUUCGUGCAAGCCAUCGCCCACGGCACCAUCACAUCCCUGAUCAACUUCUUUGUGACGAUUUUGGUCAGCUAUGACAUGACCAAGACUGGCAGCUCCCCUGACUACCAGUCCUUUGGGGUACUGGUGGCCAUAUCUAGCCUACUGUCAAUCACCCUGGAGGUUAUCCUUGUCGUCAAGUACUGGACGCUCCUGUUCGUGGGCACCGUUGUGGUCAGCCUCAGCUCCUAUGUAAUCUUCACGAGCCUCACUGAGAGUCUAUUGUUGUACAGGAUCUCACCAAAGACCUUCCCAUUCCUGUUCGCUGACUACAAUGUGAUCCGUGAGCCCUCCAGCCUGCUGGUGAUUGUUCUCAAUGUGACCCUGAACACUCUGCCCCUGCUGGCUGUGCGCAUCAUCCGAAGGACGGUCUUGAAACGGCACCCCAAGAAAGAAGAGGAGGUCCCAAGUGAAGAAUUAACAGUGGAGCCCGCCAUGCGGCUUCGCCGUGGGAUGCCAGCCCGCCGCUCCAGCUAUGCCUUCUCCCACCAUGAGGGCUACGCAAACCUCAUUACCCAGGGCACCAUCCUGCGCAGGCAUACGCACGUGGAUGAAUUUUAUGGGGACACAGCCUGCAAUUCCCCGAACCCAUCCGAAGAAGACGUACCUUGGCAACACAAAGAAUCAAUAUUUAAUCCGCGAAAGAUCUCAAUCCUGGCCAAGAAGAGACGCCAGCACUACGGAAAGGGGUCUCAGGGAGAGGUCCACCCCAAUGCUAGCUCCCAGACCACGGAGAAACAGCCCGCCAUUAACACAGACAACCAUGAGACUAAGAAGCUACCCACCACCACAAGUGCCAUGUCAGGACAGCUCCAGGGGUCCUCGUCUGAGGAUCAGGUUUUCUACAGUGCACUUUCACAGUACAGUCUGGCAAGCCGGCCGGAACGCAUGGAUGUCCGGUCCUCAUCCUGGAAGGGCCCUCUCUUGAGGGAUUCAGCCUCUUCGAGGUCAAGCCAUCUGGAAGUAACCACACAGCUACAUAGCCACACCUCCAGUUGACCAGAAGCCUCUCACUGGGGGAUUCCCAGUCAUCAAGGACAAUGCCACAGUCACCCGGGAGUGGACAGAGCCCUAACGUGGAACAAGCGCAGUCUCCCAUGGUGCGCAUGUCAGUGCGCCUUCAAGUCAGAUCACCACCGCAGCUCACGUGCUUAGCCAGUCAACAAACAGCAUCCAAAGACAAGAGGGGGGGCACAUCCUUGCCUUUUUCUAAUAAAACAGGGUCCCUCUGGCCGCAGGGCUUCU